AUAACUCGUGGAAACUAACAAUUUAAAGGUGUUUGCAAAUGUUUAUUCUAUACCCGGUAUUAUAGUUUCGAUAGGCCAUAGUAAUAAAUAGUUUAAGCUAUGAGUCUUAGAUUGGUACCAGAAUGUCAUGACGAAUCUAAUUAUUUGUAAUAUCUCAAACAAAAAUGGAGACGUUACAACAUACUGACACUGAUACCUGUGUUUUGUCAUGAUAUAUCAGCCAGCAGUGGACCAGUGGAGUGGGGACAACUUUGAACUAGACUGUAGGCUACUUUGGUAAAAUAAUGGCAGAGAGUAGUGAAUCAGCUACUGUAGAUAUUAAUCCAAGUUUAGGGAUGAAAAUAACAUUAAAAGGAAUAUCAGCUAAAUUUAACGAUGUGCAUCAUAUAUCAACAACAACACUAGCUACCUGGUUAAAAACACCUGAUCACACUAUCAUUUUAUUGGAUAGCCGACCAGAAGAAGAAUUUAUCGUUAGUCAUUUACCAAAGGCUGUCCGUGUUGAUCACGACACAAACAACAUAGACGAUAUUAUCAAGUCUUUACCUCAAUUGAAUAAAACAGAAGAGAAAACUAGAAUAAUCUGUUAUUGUUCUAUAGGAUAUCGAUCAAGUCUACUGGCUCAAAAACUUCAACAAUAUUAUAAAAAUACACAAACUGAAACAAAACCAGAUAUUUACAACUUAGAAGGAUCGAUAUUUAAAUGGGCCAAUGAAAACCGAGCAAUGGUAGACAGUGUUGACCAGCCUACUAUAUAUGCUCAUCCAUAUAACAGUUUGUGGGGGAAAUUAUUAAACAAAGAACUUAGAAAACUCAACUGAUAUCAAGGCUGCUGAUCCUUGUUAGGUGGGUUGGAUGGCUGAAUGGUUAGCAUGUGCGCGCUGUAACAUAAGGUCUCUCAUUGUGUCAACUGGCGUGGUUUCGAAUCCCCGGUUGUACGGGUCCUCCGGUUUCCUCCCACUACUAAAGACCCCUACGCGCAAGUUGUACGUAACAAGGAGUAAGGUUGCCUGUCCAACCUCAUGGGUUUUCUCCGGUUUCCUCCCACUACUAAAGACCCCUACGCGCAAGUGAAUUAUGGAAAUAAAAAAGAACCAUAUGUUAGUUCUGAAAUGACCUACUUUGUGUUGCGUGGAUGUUAAACCCCAUUUCUCUCUCUCUACUCAAGGGUAUCCCCACUGAAACCCAUGAUGUUAGGCAGGCAUCACUUCUCAUUUUUCAAACCUAUGACAUUAUGCUUACUCAAAGACAUCUCCACUGAAUCCUAUGUCAUAUAUAGAUAGGCAACUUUAUUAGUGAUAUUAAAGUUUCCCUUUCAAAUAAGCUGUGUAGUGUGGGCGUAUUCCACACUUUGUGUGGCUAUCUUCUUUGUCAUAGAAAUUUUUUUUAUACAUUUUUACACUUUGAAUGAUUAUUUUUUGUUGUGGAAU